GCCGCCAUUUUGGAUUGCGAACCCGUCAGCGAACUCAUAGCGAGGGUAGUGCAGCUGCGAAGCCGGCAGAGGUGGCAGUAACCACUUAACAAGCAGCCGGGAAGCAGCAACCGAGCGCGGAACCUGGCCUCUCGAUGGAUGCCAUGGCAAGCCCAGGGAAAGAUAAUUACAGAAUGAAAAGUUACAAGAAUAAAGCAUUAAAUCCUCAAGAAAUGCGUAGACGAAGAGAAGAGGAAGGAAUACAACUUCGAAAGCAAAAAAGGGAAGAACAGUUAUUCAAACGUAGAAAUGUAUCCCUUCCAAUAAAUGAUGACUCUAUGCUUGAAAGUCCCAUUCAGGAUCCAGAUAUCAGCUCUACUGUACCUGUUCCUGAGGAAGAAGUUAUUACUGCUGAUAUGGUGCAGAUGAUUUUCUCUGAUGAUGCUGACCAACAGCUUACAGCAACACAGAAGUUUCGAAAGCUGCUUUCUAAAGAACCUAACCCACCUAUAGAUGAAGUUAUACAAAAACCAGGAGUUGUACAGAGAUUUGUGAAGUUUCUUGAAAGAAAUGAAAAUUGUACUUUGCAGUUUGAAGCUGCAUGGGCUUUAACUAAUAUAGCGUCUGGAACAUUUCUACACACCAAAGUGGUAAUUGAAACUGGAGCUGUUCCAAUUUUUAUCAAACUCCUCAAUUCAGAACAUGAAGAUGUACAGGAACAGGCAGUAUGGGCACUUGGUAAUAUUGCUGGUGACAAUGCAGAAUGCAGAGACUUUGUUCUGAAUUGUGGAAUUCUUCCCCCUCUCUUAGAAUUACUGACAAAUUCAAACAGACUUACAACAACUCGAAAUGCUGUAUGGGCACUCUCAAAUUUAUGUAGAGGCAAGAAUCCACCUCCAGACUUCAGUAAGGUGUCACCUUGCUUAAAUGUCUUGUCAAGAUUAUUAUUUAGCAGUGACCCAGAUGUAUUAGCAGAUGCUUGUUGGGCCCUUUCUUAUCUUUCUGAUGGACCCAAUGACAAAAUCCAAGCAGUCAUUGAUUCUGGAGUCUGUCGAAGAUUGGUGGAACUUUUGAUGCACAAUGAUUAUAAAGUGGUAUCACCUGCAUUAAGAGCUGUUGGUAAUAUUGUGACAGGGGAUGAUAUUCAAACACAGGUAAUUCUGAAUUGUUCUGCAUUACCCUGCCUCUUACAUUUACUGAGUAGUCCAAAAGAAUCAAUUAGAAAAGAGGCUUGCUGGACUGUAUCUAACAUUACAGCAGGAAAUAGAGCACAGAUUCAGGCUGUCAUAGAUGCAAAUAUCUUUCCUGUGUUGAUUGAAAUUCUUCAGAAAGCUGAAUUUCGUACCAGAAAAGAGGCAGCAUGGGCUAUAACCAAUGCAACAUCCGGAGGCACUCCAGAACAGAUACGGUAUCUGGUAGCAUUAGGCUGUAUUAAACCUCUCUGUGACCUUUUGACUGUGAUGGAUUCCAAAAUAGUCCAGGUGGCUUUAAAUGGCCUUGAAAAUAUUUUACGACUUGGAGAGCAAGAAUCUAGACAAAAUGAAAUGAACAUCAAUCCAUACUGUGCUCUCAUUGAAGAAGCAUAUGGUCUGGAUAAAAUUGAGUUUCUUCAAAGCCAUGAAAAUCAAGAGAUCUACCAAAAGGCUUUUGAUCUAAUUGAACACUACUUUGGGGUGGAAGAUGAAGAUGCCAACAUUGUCCCGCAGGUGGAUGAAAACCAGCAACAAUUUGUUUUCCAACAGCAGGAAGCACCAAUGGAAGGAUUUCAGUUAUAAGUAGCUAAGU